UAUAAACGUGCAAGAUUAAGAUAUGACAACUUGUGCAGUAAUCGUCAACGAGAACGUCCGACCGGGUCUAAAAUAUUAAAUACAUAAAAAUCUACUUGACACCACAACCAGCCGCAAACAUGAAAACCUCAGUUGCUAUUCUUUUCACUAUUCUCUCGGUGGCUGCUGCUUCUCCAUUGUUCUUUGGUUCAAAAGACGAACACCACGUUAUCCAUGUACCAUACCAUGUACACAAGGUCCCAGUUUACAUCAAAGAACCCGUAUACAUUGAGAAGCCUGUCUAUAUAUACAAGACCGUCGAUCAUCAUCACGAACAUCACUACCACCAAGAAGACCAACAUGAUGACCACUAUAGCCACGAUGAUCAUUAUGACAGCCAUUAUUGAUAAGACUAAGAAUAAGACUAAAGACUUUCAAAAGUUUUAGAUGCUUGUUUAUAAAUUCCAAUUUAUUUUUGUAAUUUAAUUAAAAUAAGUCAUGGACCAAAGAGUUCCAUUUUUAUUUUUUACCAUGUAAAAUAAUGCCUGUUGUAAUUAUUUCUUUCAAUUUACCCCAUUAUUUAUUCAAUGAAGUUCUUAAAUUGAUAUUUUUCUACUC